AUGUAUCUCCAUAUGAAAUCAAGAUGUGGUAAGAUCUCCACAGGAAGCGUUGCAAUGAUGUGUGAUAAGUGUUCCGGAAGGUGCUACAUCUGUGGUCUGGAUGCCGGCACAUCUUCAAGAAGAAUCUACAUAUGCAGCGUAUGCUUCCACUCCAUGUACAAGGACAGAUGCAUCGUCUGUAAGCUCAAAGACCCAAGGAACAAUGCCUAUUGCUGUAGAGAGUGCUGGCUUCUGCAGAAAAACCAUGACAGAUGCCCUGUUCUUAUUCAAUAG